CGCAAUGUGUAUAUUUUUGCGGGAGGUUCGUCAGAAAAAAAAGAUUGGUUUGUUGUCCAGAGGCCCCCGGGAACACACACCCACUUUCUCAUCUGACGGCCCUCAGGGGGACUCAACCCGGUUUAAAGGACUUCACCAAGCAGUGAAAUGCUACAGCCGACUGGACUACAAGUACUGACUGCAGCUAAAUGAGAUUUUAAGGAUGGAAAAGUCGCCGAGGGGAAACCUGUGGAGAGGAGUGGGGCUCUGCCUGCUGCUGCUUCUCGUACACGAGGCUUCGGGCCACAGGAGGAAGAUCGGACGCGAGAGCAGCUACAGGCUGAAUGACGAUGGAGAAGAUGGUCGGACAUGUUCACUGGCGGUGGUUUUCAUCCUGGACAGCUCCGACAGUGCAACGAUAUUCCUGUUUGAGAAGCAGAAGGCCUUCGUGUUGGGCUUCAGCACCCGCCUCUCCGCGCUGCGGGUGGACGGCCGCGCGCUGAAGAUCCGACUGGCCGCACUCCAGUACAGCGUCUCCGUCUCCGUGGAGCAGCGCUUCUCGGCCUGGACGGACUUGGAUGCGUUUCACAGUCGAGUCGACGCCAUGGCCUACAUGGGCCGCGGCGCCCGCAGCGGCCACGCCGUCGCCAACGCCUCACAGCUGCUGGCGCAGGAGACGCCGGCGGACAGCGUCAGGGUCGCGGUGCUGAUGACCGACGGGGGGGACGAACCGCGCGGCCCCGAUGCCGUCGAGGCCGCGGCAGAGGCCAAAGGUCACGGCAUAAAGAUCUUCACCGUGGGACUGUCGGGGGUCGCUCUGCUGAGACGAAACACGGCCAAGCUCCGGGCCGUCGGCAGCACGCAGUCUGUCCACAGUCUGCUGGACGGUCAGCUGCAGGAGAAGAUGCUCAUGGAGAUGGGUGCCGUCGCAUUGGACCGGUGUCCACAGGCUAAAGCGUGCUCGUGUGAAAGAGGAGAGAGAGGCCCUCAAGCACGUCCAGGACGCGAGGGACCACCAGGCCAGAGAGGAAGAAAAGGAAAACAGGCUGAAAAGGGACAACAAGGAGACAUGGGACCAAAGGGACAGGCGGGACCUAAAGGGGACAGAGGACGCAGCGGUGCUCCUGGACCACCGGGCAGCGUCGGUAUCGGAUUCCCAGGGGCUAAGGGUGAAAUAGGAAUUCCGGGAAGAUCCGGUCCCACAGGUCCGGUUGGUAUCGGAGAACCAGGACUACCAGGUCCCCCGGGAUCACCAGGAGCACAAGGAAUCCCAGGGCCACCUGGAGAGGGGCUCCCAGGACCGAAGGGGGACCGAGGAUACGAGGGUCCACAGGGCAAUCUGGGGAUUGAUGGUGUUGGGGUCAAAGGUGACCAGGGAAGUCGUGGGCUUCUCGGGCUUCCAGGUCCAAUAGGUGCCGUCGGUUUAGGACUUCAAGGAGAAAAGGGGGAUCACGGCCCAGUUGGUCCUUCAGGCCCCAGAGGAGCUGACGGUCCUGGAAUAACAGGACCAAAGGGGGACCAGGGCCCUCCAGGUGAUCCCGGACUGACAGGGGAGAGAGGCGUUGGAGAACCAGGACCUAAAGGUGACCCGGGGGCGGAGGUGUUGCCAGGGUUACCAGGUGAGCCAGGAGAGGAUGGAGCCUCGGGACAAAAGGGUGACGUCGGGCUGGCGGGGCCCCGGGGACCCGACGGGGCUCCUGAUAAGGGCACACCUGGAGCAAAGGGGGACAGAGGGGACGCGGGGACCAGUGGACGACCCGGAGCAGUCGGUCCUGUGGGGCCGAUGGGGUCAAAGGGGGAACCAGGACAUAUGGGUCUACCGGGGGCAACAGGACCCCCUGGGACGGGCACAGCUGGUGCUAAGGGAGAAGUGGGCCCCCCGGGUCCAGCUGGAGCUGCAGGAGACCCGGGGACGGGUUUAACCGGAGCCAAGGGGGACAGAGGGUCUUCAGGGCCUCCCGGUGCACCCGGGGCUAAAGGUGACGGUUCCCCCGGCCCCACGGGACCUCCAGGCCCUCCUGGUCUGAAGGGAGAGACCCCCCCAGAUGGCGACGGCUUACCAGGACCAAAGGGAGACAGAGGCUUGCCUGGACCUCCUGGACCUGCGGGGCCAGCCGGGGUUGGCAUAAUCGGUCCAAAGGGCUCAGUUGGCCAAAGGGGACAACCUGGUGCACAGGGGCCACCUGGAGAGGGGAUCCAAGGACCAAAGGGGGAGACUGGAUUUCAGGGCAUCCCCGGCCCAAAAGGUCCCCCAGGACGAGUUCUGCGGGGGAACAAGGGCGAUCGAGGGUUCACAGGAGGAAAAGGCAAAACGGGGAACAAAGGACAAUGGGGAGGAGCCGGCGCCGUCGGACCUUUGGGGAGAGUGGGACAGAAGGGAGAGUCUGCACUGACAAGGGAAGAAAUCGUCAAACUAGUGAGAUCCAUAUGCACUUGUGCAUCGACUUGCCGCCGAACCCCCUUGGAGCUGGUUUUUGUGAUUGACGGCUCCGAGAGCGUCGGCCCGGACAACUUCCAGAGGGUCCAAGACUUCGUCAACGCGCUGAUCGACCGGGCCUCGGUCCGCCGGGACGCCACGCGCGUGGGCGUGGUGCUCUACAGCCGCGUCAGCGCGGUGGUGGUCGCCCUCGGGCCGGGAGCCACGCGCGACGCGAUCAAGGCGGCGGUGCGCUCCAUGGCCUUCAUGGGCGAGGGCACGUUCACGGGUAGCGCCAUGUGGCGGGCUAACAGGGUGUUCGAGGGGGCGCGGGCGGGUGUGAGGAAGGUGGCCGUCGUCAUCACGGGCGGGAAGGCCGACAAGAGAGACUCGGCCGGUCUGGAGGGCGCGGCGGCGGACGCCCGGGGGAGCGGCAUCGAGACGUUUGUGGUCGCCGUGGUGAACAGGAGCGACCCGCUGCACGGGGAGUUCAAGAAGGAGCUCGGUGUCAUGGCGCCGGACAGCGACCACGUGUUCCAGAUCAAUGACUUCAGGGAACUUCCCGCCCUGGAGAGGAAACUGCUAAGUUGCAUAUGCGAAGACGGAGAAAGACGUUCGUUCAGCUCCGUCCUGACCUCCAGAAGGCCCCCAGGGGUCCCAGAGGCCUCCGGCAGCGUCCGAGAGCGUCCGUAUAGGACCGACACCCCGACCUCCACGGGGGACCUUAGGAGGGUUCAGAUGGUGCCCGGCCCUCCGGCAUCGCAGCCCGUCCGAGAAGCCGUCCCUCUACCCGGACCCGUGACGGAGGGCAGCGUCGCUCCGAGGACCUUGUCCGAAGAGAAGACGGCGUCGCCGAGGCCUCCGCUGCUGCUUCCUGACACCGAGACAUCAGUGAGGCGCUGCAUCAACCUACUGGAUCCGGGACCGUGCCGGGACUUCGACUAAGCUGCAGAGGAACCUGUGUGAAGGUCUAACGCACCGAUGGACCGAUUUUGCCAUGUGGUUAA